CGUGGAAGGUGGGACGGGCUGGAGGAGAAGCAGGCGGCCGAGCGAGCGACCCCCCGAGCCAGCCAUCUUCGCGCGCCCGCCCAGCGACGGCACCGGCGCGUCAGUGUCAGGCCGGGACCUUCCCGGGAAGGCGGCGGGAGAGGAGCCGCCCCCUCCCCUCCCCCUCGGGGGGCCCGCGAAGGGAUCUCCGGCCGCCAGGCCCGAGUGACGGAGAAAAGGGCCCUGCAGGGGGCGCCGCAGCCCGCCUCGCUCCGCUGCAGCUCUCUUGCCGCCAGCGCCGGAGCCCCCUCGCCUGGCUUCGCCUGGCUCCCCCUGCAGUUGCCGCCACCCCAGUCGUGUGUGUGUGUGGGGAGGGGGUGCUGUUGUUUUCUGGCCCCUCAGACUCCCGUUACCCUUUUUGGGCGGGCUUGGUUUUUCCCGUUUGUCCUCCUGCCUAUUUGCGCCCCCUUUUUUUUGCCAAGCUGCAGCCUCUGCCACAUUUCUGCCCCCCCCCCCUCCUGAGGGCUCCUUCUGAGAGUUCCCUGCCAGGACGUUAGCUGGAGGGAGGUUGUUUGAAAACUCUGUGCAGGACUGGAAGCCCCACACUUUUCACUCGUUUCCUUUGUGUGUGUGUGUGUGAGCGCUGGUUUGGUGACCCCCCCCCCCCAUUACUUUGGAGUAGUGGCAUUUGCAACUUUUUUCAAGGGGAGGUUUUUAUGUGUGGUGCCUGGCCUCCGGGCUGCCCCGUGGGAGUGAUGGAACUGCAGCGGGGAAACUGAGUCGCUUGCUUCUGUGCCAUCCCUGCUGGAUCUUUUCUAGGAGAAGACCUUGAGUGCUUCAGUCGUCUCCGUCGAUAGCUGUCAAUAUCCAAAACAAGCUGUGUUUUUUGGAUGUACCCGUCCCCUCCUAAGAAAGCAAGGGAAAUUCAGGAAUUGCCUUUUUUUUGGGAUUUUAAAAAGUCUCCUGUACUGAGUGUCAAAUUUCUACUACUACUCUACAGCCCAGCUGCUUAUUUUGUUAUUGUCGCAGAGCCACCACCACCCCUUUUUGGAGAUAAGUGAACAAUUGAACUUGAAACACCAAUACAGGUUGUCCUGGAGUCCUGUCGUCGUAUCUCUCUGAGAGAGAAGGCCUAUUUUUUUCCUUCCCUUAGUUUCUUGGAUGUGAUGGAACUCAUGUUUGCCGAGUGGGAGGACGGAGAAAGGUUUUCAUUUGAAGAUUCUGACCGCUUUGAGGAAGACUCUCUUUGUUCCUUCAUUUCUGAGGCAGAGAGCCUGUGUCAGAAUUGGAGAGGAUGGCGAAAGCAAUCAGCAGGACCCAACUCCCCCACUGUCAAAAUGAAAGAUGGGCUGGUGAUCCCCUUGGUGGAGCUGUCUGCCAAGCAGGUGGCGUUUCACAUUCCAUUUGAGGUGGUGGAAAAAGUCUAUCCUCCAGUGCCUGAACAACUGCAGCUGCGUAUUGCCUUCUGGAGCUUCCCAGAAAAUGAGGAGGACAUCAGGUUAUACUCCUGCUUGGCAAAUGGCAGUGCAGAUGAGUUCCAGAGGGGAGAGCAACUUUUCCGAAUGAGGGCUGUUAAAGAUCCACUGCAAAUAGGUUUCCACCUGAGUGCCACAGUGGUACCUCCCCAGAUGGUACCACCGAAAGGAGCGUACAACGUGGCGGUGAUGUUUGACAGAUGCAGAAUCACAUCAUGUAGCUGCACCUGUGGAGCCGGGGCCAAAUGGUGUGCCCAUGUUGUCGCUCUCUGUCUCUUCCGGAUACACAAUGCGUCUGCGGUGUGCUUGCGAGCACCUGUCUCGGAAUCCUUGUCUCGACUGCAGAGAGACCAGCUGCAAAAAUUUGCACAGUACUUAAUCAGCGAACUCCCCCAACAAAUACUUCCAACGGCUCAGCGUCUACUGGAUGAGCUGCUGUCCUCUCAGUCAACUGCCAUCAACACUGUUUGUGGGGCACCAGAUCCCACAGCUGGUCCUUCCGCCUCAGAUCAAAGCACCUGGUACUUGGAUGAAUCUACAUUAAGUGACAACAUAAAGAAAACCCUGCACAAAUUUUGUGGUCCCUCUCCUGUUGUCUUUAGUGAUGUGAACUCCAUGUACCUCUCCUCCACGGAACCCCCAGCCGCUGCGGAGUGGGCCUGCCUCUUGCGCCCCCUGCGAGGGAGGGAACCGGAAGGCAUAUGGAACUUGCUCUCUAUUGUUCGGGAGAUGUUCAAGAGACGGGAUACCAAUGCGGCCCCUCUUUUGGAAAUCCUAACAGACCAGUGCCUGACGUAUGAACAGAUAACGGGCUGGUGGUACAGCGUGAGGACAUCCGCAUCCCACAGCAGUGCCAGUGGGCACACUGGUCGCAGUAACGGUCAAUCAGAAGUGGCUGCUCAUGCGUGUGCAAGCAUGUGCGAUGAGAUGGUGGUUCUCUGGAGGCUGGCCGUCUUGGACCCCACCAUCAGUCCUCAUAGGCGAAGGGACAUGUGUACGCAGCUACGGCUGUGGCAGCUGAAGGUCAUAGACAACGUCAAAAGGGGGCAGCACAAGAAAUCCCUGGAGAAGUUGUUCCAGGGGUUCAAGCCAGCUGUGGAAGCAUGCUAUUUCAACUGGGAGGAGGCCUAUCCCAUCCCAGGCAUCACGUACAGCAGCGCUGACAAGAAGAACUCUUUUUGUUGGGUGAAAGCCAUCCAGCAAAGGAACUGUCGGCCACAGUGUGCAGAAGCCUUCUGUGAGGUAGGGAGAGCGCAUGGGCAGGAGAUGACGGGGACGUGCCUGCAGUUAGGGGACAGGUCCCGCCCCUCUUCUCAGGAGCCAGCAGUACGCCCGAAAGAGCUCAUCGGGAAGCGGAAAGUUGUCCCCGAAGGCCCUCAGCGUGUUCUGAGGCGCCUUUCAGCAGAAGGCGAUAAGACUGCGUACAAGCCGGCUGUGAACAAGGGCAAGCUUCCGGCGGGGAAGAGCUUGGCCAGCAAGCACAGCGGGAAGCGUCGAAUGAGCAGCGAGGACAGCUCUUUGGAACCCGAUCUGGCCGAGAUGACUUUGGAUGACAGCAGCUUGGCUCUCGGGGCAGAGGCCAGCAACACGUUCAGCUUCCCAGAGAGCCCUUUGAGCAGGAGCUACAGGGAUACCUUCGAGGAUGACGGUGGAGUGUAUUUCUCAGAAGCGGCUGAGCCUGCCCUCAGGAGCAGUCCGUCCGCCAAGAAAGCCCCAAAGGACCCUGUGGGAGAGACGGGUAGCGGGGACGACGACUUCCCUUGCCCAGACGAGAAUGGCGGUGGGGUGAGUCUGAAACCUAAAGAAGUGGGGGAGAAUGGUGCGGCUGGAGGAGAAGAGGACGAUGAUGACUAUCAGGUGUACUAUCUGAACCCCCAGGAGAUUGCGAAAGAAGAGGAGGAGAAGGCUGAGGGAGGGACAGAAGAAGAGCAGGACAUCUUCGCUGGGAUCAAGCCGCUGGAGCAGGAGAACCGGAUGGAGAUCCUCUUUGCCUGCGCGGAGGCCCUCUAUGCCCACGGCUACAGCAACGAAGCCUGCCACCUGACGGUUGAGCUUGCCAAGGACUUGUUGGCCAACCCUCCGGACCUCAAGGUGGAGCAGCCCCCAACCAAGGGAAAGAAGAAUAAGGUGUCCACCAGCAAGCAGACAUGGAUGGCAACAAACACCUUAUCUAAAGCAGCGUUCCUGCUUACUGUGCUCAGCGAACGACAGGAGUACCACAACCUGGCUUUCCAGAUUGGCAUGUUUGCUCUGGAGCUGCAGAGGCCGCCAGCCUCUACGAAGGCUUUGGAGGUCAAGUUGGCCUACCAAGAGUCGGAGAUUGUGGCCUUAUUGAAGAAAAUCCCGCUUGGCUCUAAUGAGAUGAACACUAUUCGGGGAAGGGCUGAAGAGCUGAGGGAAGGAACCCUCUGUGACUAUCGCCCUGUCUUGCCGCUCAUGCUGGCCAGCUUCAUAUUCGAUGUCCUGUGUACUCCAGUGGUUUCUCCUACAGGAUCCAGACCCCCGAGCCGCAAUUGGAAUAAUGAAAUGCCUGGAGAUGAGGAGCUUGGCUUUGAGGCAGCGGUGGCAGCUCUCGGCAUGAAGACGACCGUGAGUGAAGCCGAGCACCCUCUGCUGUGUGAAGGCACGCGCAGGGAGAAGGGGGACCUGGCCUUGGCCCUGAUGAUCACCUACAAGGAUGAUCAGUCUAAGCUGAAAAAAAUCUUGGACAAGCUGUUAGACAGGGAGAGUCAAACACACAAGCCUCAGACUCUAAGCUCCUUCUACUCAUCCAGCAAGCCAACGGUAGCCAAUCAGAAGUCUCCUUCCAAGCAUGCUACCCAAUCAGCUGCACCCAUUCAGCAUCUCCCAGGGGCGUCCGUUGCACAACAAGCAGGGGUGGCAACUGCCGUCCAGAGCAGCCCUUCGGAACCCUUCCUGGAGAAGACUGCCCAAGAGAACCCUCAGAGAUCCCCUUGUGACCCACCUGUGGAAUCCAGUGUCUUGAAACAAGAAGGAAAAGUUCCCAGCCGUUUGGCCCUGGGAAACAGAGGCGGCUAUAAUGGCCGGUGCUGGGGUUCACCAGUCAGGCAGAAAAAGAAACAUACUGGAAUGGCUAGCAUUGACAGCAGUGCCCCAGAAACCACCUCAGACAGCUCCCCGACCCUCAGCCGGCGGCCCCUGCGUGGCGGAUGGGCGGCCACCUCCUGGGGCAGAGGACAGGACAGCGACAGCAUCAGCAGCUCUUCCAGCGACUCAUUAGGCUCAUCUUCCUCCAGUGGAAGCCGGAGAGCCAGCGGAGGAGCACGUGCAAAGACUGUGGAAGUCGGCAGAUACAAGGGCAGGAGGCCCGAAAGCCACGCCCCUCACGUCCCCAAUCAGCCCUCAGAAGCGGCUGCGCACUUCUACUUUGAGCUGGCCAAGACGGUCCUCAUCAAAGCCGGUGGCAACAGCAGCACCUCCAUUUUCACCCACCCAUCCUCCAGUGGCGGCCAUCAAGGACCUCAUCGCAACCUCCACCUCUGCGCCUUUGAAAUUGGGCUCUAUGCCCUAGGGCUGCACAACUUUGUCUCCCCCAACUGGCUCUCUCGAACGUACUCUUCCCAUGUCUCUUGGAUCACAGGGCAAGCUAUGGAGAUUGGCAGUGCAGCCUUGAACAUUUUGGUGGAAUGCUGGGACGGGCAUCUGACCCCGCCGGAGGUGGCGUCCUUGGCCGACAGAGCUUCCAGAGCGAGGGAUUCCAACAUGGUGCGUGCAGCCGCAGAGCUGGCGUUGAGCUGCUUACCACAUGCCCACGCCUUGAACCCAAACGAGAUCCAGAGAGCCUUGGUCCAGUGCAAGGAGCAGGAUAAUCUAAUGCUGGAAAAGGCUUGCAUGGCAGUGGAGGAGGCGGCCAAAGGGGGAGGUGUUUACCCUGAAGUCCUCUUUGAAGUGGCUCACCAAUGGUACUGGCUGUACGAACAAACCGUUGGCGGAACCCUCGCCCAGAGGGAAGGAGCCACAGGCUGCAGCGCCAGUGGUGCCCGGGCACCUUGUGAAGCCGUCCGCGGGCUGACGGAUAACAGAGUGACUUCGGAGCCCACCACAGUGACCGUGGCGGCUGCGGUCACUGCCGCAGCAACAGUGGUGCCUGUGAUCUCAGUGGGGUCAACGAUCUACCAACAGCACACCAUGGCAGGGCCGGCAAUGGCUCAUGCACAUACCCAGGGGCUGCAUCCCUACACCACACUCCAGACUCACAUCCCAUGCAACCCGCAAUACAUUGGGCACCCGAUACAGCACAUGCCACGCCCUGCUGUCUUCCCUGUGCCUGGUUCUGCUUAUCCCCAAGGUGUCCAUCCAGCAUUCAUUGGGGCACAGUACCCAUAUUCGGUAACCACCCCCUCCUUGGCAGCUACAGCUGUGUCGUUCCCAGGAGUGCCUGUCCCCUCCAUGACGCAGAUUGCAGUACAUCCCUACCAUGCCGAGACGGGGCUUUCGCUGUCUUCUAAUGUCGCAAUAGGGAGCGUCCAUGCGGGGUCAACGUUCCCAGCAAUUCAAGGGACUUCUUUGACAAGCUUGUCUUCUCAGCCCACCUCCCUUGUUGCGGGGGGUUUCCCCUCGGAGGAUGAGCAGCACAGCCAGCCCGUGAGCCCACAAGGACUGCACUACCUCCACUCUGCUUAUCGAGUUGGGAUGCUGGCCUUGGAGAUGCUGGGUCGUAGAGCUCACAACGAUCACCCCAACAACUUCUCGCGCAGCCCACCCUACACAGAAGAUGUGAAAUGGCUCCUGGGGUUAGCUGCCAAGUUAGGUGUAAACUACGUGCAUCAGUUCUGUGUUGGCGCAGCCAAGGGGGUCCUGAGCCCUUUUGUACUGCAAGAGAUAAUCAUGGAAGCCCUGCAGAGGCUUAACCCUGCCCACGUCCACAACCACCUGCGAACGCCAGCCUUCCACCAGUUGGUACAGAGGUGCCAGCAGGCAUACAUACAGUACAUCCACCACCGGCUGAUACACCUGACUCCGGCGGACUAUGAUGACUUUGUGAACGCCAUUCGCAGCGCCAGAAGCGCCUUCUGCCUGACCCCCAUGGGCAUGAUGCAGUUCAACGACAUCCUCCAGAACCUGAAGCGCAGCAAACAGACCAAGGACCUGUGGCAAAGGGUCUCUCUGGAAAUGACCACCUUUUCACCCUGAUGGCUUUGGGGGGCCCAGCCACUGCCCUCUCCCUAGCUAGAGUUCUGUUCAAGACAGCCUUCCUUUACGGGGGGGGUCGUUUUUAUUUUAGUUGUUGGAAACCACUGGUUUGAUGUAUUUAUGCCAUGACAUUCCUCUUCCACGCAACUGUGGCUGAGCGCCACGUCCUUUCUUCUCUCCUCCCCAGCAGGUGGAGCCUAAAAAGCUGUUUUGUGAGUACAAGGAAGUGUGUGUGUGUGUGUGCGUGCGUGCGAGUGUGCGUGAGCGAAUGGGGCUGAGGGAGGACCAGGCUGGUACUUCGUCAGUUCUUUAAGAGCCCCCAUCCCGUUUGGAGGCGGCUUUACGAAUGAUCCACUCUGUGUGCCUGUGUGUGCGCAUGUUUGGGGAUAGGGUGGAGCCUGUCUUAAAAUAUUUAUUUUGGCAUUUAUAAAUAUGUAUACUACUUUCUAUAAGAUUCUAAAAAAAAAAAACCUCCUAUCACGGGCCCAGAGAGGCAGAGUUUACUUUCUGUGCAGCUGGGGGCUCCUCCCUCGCCAUUCCUUCCUGCAGCCCCCAACCAGCGGAGUUCAGGCUGGCGCUGGGGGAGCUGUAGGCCUGUGCGUCCCCUUUGUGUCGGAUGAGCAAAAGCCCCACUUUGUACAGGGCUCCCCCAGGAUAGCACUGAGCUGGCCGCUGCAGUUUUGUGGCUGCUCGAACGGCGGUCCCACAGCAGGCUUCCUCAGAUGCUCUGACCAUGGCGGUUCUGAGUUGUACAGUCACGUUCCCUUGGCUGGGAUAUUAACUCUCCUGUAAUCAAUUUCUUACUCCUUGUCUUAGUUUCCUGAUUAAAACAUCCAUUUUCUUAGA